AUGACUAAACAACGUCCCGGCCGGCUCUCUACGCCGAGUUUGGCUACCAAUGGCAAUCAAGUGAACAACUCGAGUACUGCACCACCAUACUCGGUCGAGGAAAAGCCCUUGGGAGCUACGAGACAUGUCAGAAUCAUCGGCAUUGGUGCGGGCGCGAGCGGCAUCAACAUGGUCAAGACGCUGCGGGAGAGCCUCACAGACUACGAGUUUAUCAUUUAUGAAAAGAACGACGACGUGGGCGGCACUUGGCACGAGAACCGGUAUCCAGGUUGCAGGUGUGACAUACCCAGUCACAACUACCAAUUCUCAUGGCGGCCGAAUCUCGAAUGGUCCAACUUCCAUGCACCUGCCGAGGAGAUCAGGCAAUACCUCUGUCGCAUCUGUGAAGAGGAGAACAUGCUGGAUUCGAUAAAGCUUCGGCACCAAGUCACCGGUGCUUGGUGGAAUGAGGCUCGCGGAUUGUGGGAUGUCAAUGUUCAGGACCUGUCUAGUGGAGAAGAAUUCCAUGACCAGGCGCAUUUCAUCGUUGACGGAUCCGGAAUUCUCAACAAUUGGAAGUGGCCCGACGUCCCAGACCUUCAUACCUUCCAGGGCGACUUGAUCCAUACGGCUCGCUGGCCUGAAGGCUUUGAGUACGCUGGCAAGACUGUUGCAGUCAUUGGAAACGGUGCUACCGGUGUACAAGUCGUCCCCUCGAUACAGGCUGAUGUCAAGAAGUUGUAUCACUUUAUUCGCACCCCCACCUGGGUCACGCCCCCGAGGACAAUGGCCAUCAAAAUGCUUGGUAGCCCUGCGCAAGAGAUUUUAUCUCAGAUUGAGUUAGAUGACAAGGAAAACUUCAGCGCUGCCCAGAUUGAGAAGUUCAAGUCUGAUCCGGUAUUUUAUAAGAAAUUUGUCAAGGCCAUGGAAAGGGAUAUCAGUGGAGCUUUUGCGCUUGUACUGAAUGGAAGCCCGAUCCAGACCAUGGCGAGGCAGAAGGUGACACAAUACAUGACAGCAAUGCUUGGCGGAGAUGAGAAGUUGUGCAAGGCUCUCAUACCAACAUUCCCUCUUGGCACCCGGAGACUUACGCCGGCGCCUGGUUACCUCGAGUCCCUGCGAGCACAGAAUGUCGAGGUCAUUACGGAAGGGAUCGCCAGAUUUGUGCCCCAGGGCAUACAGCUGCAGUCGGGAGAGAUAGUCGAGCUCGAUGCCAUCAUCUGCGCGACGGGCUUUGAUUGUUCAUUUUGUCCACGUUUCCCAAUCUUUGGCAGAUAUGGCAACGUCCAAGACCGUAUGAAGUCGGAAACACCCAAGGCAUACAUGUCAUGUGCCCUGCCCGGUGUACCAAACUACUUCACAUUCCUCGGGCCCAACGCCCCGAUUGGCCACGGGAGUGUGUUUACACUGAGCGAACAUAUCGCCCGGUAUAUUACUGGCAUCAUUCGAAAGUGUCAAAGGGAGAGCAUUCGAACGAUUGCGCCAUCCGAGGACGCUGUAAAUGACUACAGCGAGCACAUUGCCGCCUUCAUGCCUCGCACUUCAUGGGGCACGGCCGGUCGAUCAUGGUGGAAGGGUGGCAAGGAGGAGGGGCCCGUCACUGCUUUGCAUCCUGGAAGCAGGAUUCACUUUUUCCACAUGCUCGAGCAUUUUAGAGGCGAAGACUGGGACUAUACAUACGACAGCACAUCGCGGAACCGAUUCAGCUACCUCGGCAACGGAUUCUCGGCCAAAGAGCUGGAUCCCAGCUAUGAUUCGACAUGGUAUCUUGACCUAGAGGCGAGCAAAGCAUAG